GAGUGGCUACCCAAUGUUGUGUUGAUGCCAGUCUGCCAUGCUAGCCUGUCUGCCAGGGCCAGGGGACCUGUCCUUUCAGCUUCUUUCUCACACGCAGAUGAACACUGGACUACAGAAAUGGGACACCACCCAGAAGAUGAGAGCUGCUCACUGCCCCACUCCAGCCGAAUUGGAUGCGUAUGCUAAGAAGGUCGCCAACCACCCACUGACUAUAAAAAUCUUCCCCAACAGCGUCAAAGUCCCCCAGCGGAAACACGUCCGUCGGACGGUGAACGGCCUGGACACGUCGGGCCAGCGGUACAGCCCCUACCCGGCUCAGGCCGGCGCCAAGACCGGCCUGCUCGCCAUCGUCAAGGCGCCGGCGAAAGGCGUCGUCAAAGACUUCGACGGGUCCCGCGCCCGCCUGCUCUCGGAGGCCGCCAUGAACCCGCCGGCCGCCCCCUACGCCGCACCGAGCACUUUAGCCCACUCCCACGCCCACGCCCACGCGCAGGCCCAGGCCCUGGCCCGCCAGCAGGCCCUGCAGCACGCACAGACGCUGGCCCACGCGCCCCCGCAGGCGCUGCCGCUCCCUCAGGGUAUCCCGCCACCGCCGCCGCCCCCUCAAGCCAUGGCCCACCCGGGCCUGCAGCACCCCCCGGCCGCCCUGCUGCCGGCCGGCCUGCCCGGGGCCCGGAAGGCGCCGCCGGACGCCGAGGCCCCGCCCAACGUGACCGUGUCUACCUCAACCAUCCCGCUGUCGCUGGCGGCCAGCCUGCAGCAGAGCCAGCCCCCGGACCUGAGCAGCAUCGUCCACCAGAUCCACCAGUUCUGCCAGACGCGGGCGGGCGUCGCCACUACCUCGGUGUGCGAGGGGCAGAUCGCCAACCCCAGCCCCAUCAGCCGGAACCUGCUGAUCAGCGCCAGCACCCGGGUCUCCUCCGCCCACCACGGCCCCCCCGCCCUCCCCGCCACCGCCCCCCUGCCGCCGCCGCCGCCCUCCUGCGGGGUGGGCGCCGCGGACCACCCCGCCCUGGGCCUGCCGCCGCUGGCGGGCCUGGGCCGGGCGCCCGCCGGCUACCCGGCCGACCUGAAGCCCGCCACCUGGAACCAGCACCAGCUGGCCCACCUGCAGCAGAUGUGCGGCGACGCGGGCGGCCCCGCCGGGCUGACGGGCAAGCACACGGCCGGGCGCGAGGCGGCCGGCUUCCCGGCCAAGCCCGCCGCCUACCCGCCGGAGCUGUGCCAGCUGGGCCAGCCCUUCCACCUGAAGGCCGCCCCCCUGGAGAAGCCGACCCCCUCCCCGCCCGUCAACGGGCUGGCGGGCCCGCUGCCCUACACCAACGGCCACUACUUCCCGCCCCUGUGGAACAACAUCCUGCCCACGCCCAACAGCGACAGCUCUGGCUCCCAGGACCUCGCCGGGCCCUUCCACGGCGGGGGCCAGCCCGCGGGCGCGCCCCUCGACUGCUCCGCGCCCGCCCACUACCGCCCGGGCCCCGGCUGCGGGGGUCCCGGCUGCGGCGGUCCCGGCGGCGGCGGGGGGUCCGUGGCACCCCCGGCCGCCCCCGCCCAGAACGGCCUGAUGCAGACCAUGGAUUACCUGAGCGGCGGGGAUUACCAACAGGCCUGCUUCCGCGAACAGAGCCUGGCCCUGCUGAGCAAGGCCCCCCUGGCCCACCGCCCGCCCCAGCCCGCAGACAGUCGCAACAUCCACGGCCAGCAGCACCCCGGCUACAGAUAAACCGCCGACCCCCCGCCCUCCGACCCCUUCCCCUUCCCCUUCCUUCUCUGCCCGAGGAACACGCGCACGCGCUCACUCUCCUAGGUCUAGUCUUAAUUUUAUCAAGUAAGCAGGGCGUCUGUAUCGGUCAGGCUGGGGUGUGAUCGGUCGUCGUACGGUGCCUGCCUGCCGGAGGUCUGUUCUGCUGGGCUCUGGCGGUGACCAGCUCUCCCCUCGCCUCCUCUUCUCCCCCCGCUUCUCCGUUCCCCGUCUGUUUCCCGUUUUGCAGCCAGGCCCUCGGUUUCCCACUCUUCGCCCCCACCCUCCCGCCGUGCCGCUCUCCCGCGGGCCGGAUUCCUGUCCUCCCCUUCCCCGCGGCGCGGCUCGCUGUCCGUCACCCCGUCCUUCGGGCUGGGAGCUUAGCCUCCCGCCGGCCUGGAGGGGCACGUGGGAGGGGAACAGAGCCCCAAGGGCUCUGCGUGGAGAGCGGCCCGGCCCGGAAACGGUUGGGAGGGGGCGGCGGGGUGGGCUCGACGCCCAUGGGU